AUGUGUAGGGCCUUCCCCACGACGUUGAAGGGUGUGGCAAGAAUUUGGUUCAGUCGCUUAACGCCUGGCUCCAUCAGCACUUUCAAAGAGUUGAGCGCUCAGUUUACCGCGCACUUCAUCAGGGGACACAAGUAUAAAAGAUCUACAGCUUGCUUGAUGAGCAUCAAGCAACGAGAGGAUGAGACACUGAGAUCCUACAUAUCCCACUUCAAUAAGGAAGCACUCUCAAUUGACGAAGCUGACGACAAGAUACUUGUAGCGGCCUUCACGAAUGGGCUACAGAAGGAAAAGUUUUUGUUCUCCCUAUACAAGAACGACCCGAAGACCAUGUCAGAAGUACUUUAUAGGGCCACCAAGUACAUGAAUGCUGAAGACGCGCUGCUGGCCCAAAAGGAAAAGCCCAAGAAAAGGGAGAGACAAGAAGACACGCAGCAAGACCAAGGGCGGAAGAAGGCAAGAACAAGAGACCAAAGGGAUGAAAGGUGCUCCAGGCCCCUAAGAGGGAGGUUCAUAACCUUCACCCCGUUAACUGCCCCAAUAGACCAAGUCCUAAUACAAAUAAAGGACGAGGAAGCCCUGACCUACCUCGGAAAGCUGAAGGGAGAUCCUAACAAGCGCUCAAGGGACAAAUAUUGCCGCUUCCACUGUGACCAUGUUCAUGACACGGCCGAUUGUUACAACCUAAAGUAG